CCGAUGUCAUAACCUCGUUGGCUCUGCUCUCCGAAUUUCAUUUACUUAAAUAGUUUUGUAUUAAAUUUGUAGGCCGGCGAAAAUGUUGACGCUGCGACGUGGAGAGCAGCUGCGUGCGCGUCUAAAUGCAGCCUGCCGCCGCUAUCUGGCCAUUAAAGCGGAGCCCAAAGCAGUGACAGUGGCUGAAUCUGAGUACUCUGCAGAGCCGGAGUAUCCAGCCAUUAGGGAUCUCACGUUCAAAGGCCGCAAGCUGCAGUCGGCAGCUGACUGGCACGAGGAGAUACGCCAAGUGCCCACAGUUGAGGAAAAAAUGAUUAAAAUAAAUAUGCCUCGCUACUAUGGCUACAAAGUGGUAGAUCUCAACGACACCAAGGUGCCAUUUAAUGCCCUGCCGCUGACGCAACAUUACACGCGCACUAUGCUGGAGGAGCUGCCGCCCAAGCAAGCCGAGCCCAGCGAAGAGAAGGUUGAUUUGGAUGCGACCGUGAAGGUGGCGCGCGAUGAUGUUAUUGAGGCUUUGGAGUUCGCACACGACUGCUACAAGCAUCAGCUGUCGUUGCUGGAUACGCCGCCUGAUGCCGUCACACGUGAACAACAGCUGACGCAGAUUAUUGUGGAGCAGAUUAAUCGAUCCGCGCUGCAAGUGCUUAGCGCUGAAUACCCGCACUUGAAUGAAGUCGAAAUUGACUACAAUCCGCGUCACGAGGCCUUUUGGGCCGUCGGUGGCGUUGAUCCGCCCAAGAAUGUCGUCAAAUCGAAGAAGGGUCGGGACUGGCAGAAGGCGGACGCAUACGACAGCGUUGACCGUCUGGUCCAGUACACGGGCGAACCGUAUCUAGCGCUACGGCACCGCCAUCAGCUACCCACGUGGAAAACGCCCGAGGAGAGUGAGAACUUGGCGUUGGCCAAUCAGCUGCCGCGCUAUAAGUAUGAUGCACGCACCUUGGGCUACAGCACCAAAUAUCAGCAUGCCAUCAACGUGCCCGGCUACUGGCCCAGCGUCAAUGCGCCUAACUUUGGGAUGCUAUCGUUUCAGUCGCGCGCCCAUCUACAGUUGCGGCCCCAGGCAUGCGGCGAACGCGACCAACUGGACGCUCUGCAUGCGCUGGCCAUACAAUCGUCCUACGCCUGGUUGCUGGCACAGGCCAACUACAAUGGCUUUAAUACCUACAACGAGCUCACUUACCCGCUAAACACCCAGACUGUGAUCACAAACGGGCGAGAAUGGAGCUUCUAUGAGUACCAGUUGAACACGCUGCUGGUUCAUGGUCCACAUGUGGAUAGCAAUGCCCGAGUGAACUUCUGCCGCGGCACGGCGCCGCAACCGCUGUACGCUGAAAUUUCUCCGGCAGGUAACUGCGUGGAUUUCAACGAUGGCACGCUGCGCCAGCUGCUGAGCCUCUAUAUCAAUGCGCCGAGCAUUCAGCGCACUCCAGUUGAGCUGAUGCCGUAUGUGAGAGGCCCAACGCUGCGACGCGCCGCCGAUUACGAAAAUCCGGAGCAGCGCGAAUUUCUGGAACGUACAUUUAAGCAUUUGGCCUCUAAGCGGCCGCGACACUUAGAAUUGCCUGAGAUUUACAUGUGGGAGAAGCUGUACAAGAUUGACAACAGGACGCGCGCAAUGGAGGCGCGUCGUCGCUUCUUCGAGCGGGACAUUAAUCCGUGGAAGCGCACCCUCGAUCAACACGACAAGGAGUAUGUGCCGCGUGCGCUGCGGCCAGGUGGUCGCAAGAAUCGCGACGAGCGAUUCAAGAAAACCUACUACCCGUAACAGCAAUACGUUGGCCAAUUACAGAUGCUCCAUUAUCUUUAAUUUCUUAAAAGGUUUUCAUUAAAUAAACUAGUUUUGUUGUACAAAGCA